CUGCGCGUGCGUGCGAGGAGUGAUGCAAUCUGCGCUACGACAGCGCCCCGAAUGCACGGGCAGGAAUCCGCUACGGGUCUGCGACUUGUCACCGCUGGCCGCAGCCUUUCGUGUUAUUGCGAAGCUACCAACUAAGCACAGCAACAAACGCAGCAACACACGACGACGACGACAACAACAACAACACACCAGCGAAUGCGCAUUUGCCAUUCUCAAUGGGAAGGGCGUUCGCUUGGUUUCUCUUUAAUAUUCCGGGCACACGGUGGAUGUGAACGCCGAGCAGACAGCAGGCGGCCCGCUCCUCGCCCCGUUACCCGCCAUCAAGAAUGCGCACGAAGCAGCAGCAACAUCAGCAACAUCAGCAACAUCAGCAACAACAACAGCAGCAACAACAGCAGCAGCAACAGUAGCAACAAUAACAGCAGCAGCAACAGCAGCAGCAGCAACAGCAGCAGCAGUAAAACAACCAACUCGUCUGUGGACCGCUGCGGAGGAGAGAAGAGCGAGCGAUGGUGUCUGGCCUCGCUUCGGGAGUCGCGUCUCGUGAUGGAGCAUCGCCGUUUGGGAUUUUAUUGAGCGAGUGACGUUCGUGUCUGCCCCGGCCCGGGGAGCAAAACAUUGUUUAAGAGCGCGAGAGAGAUAGAGAGAGAGAGGGGGGAGAGACACAGAGAGAGAGAGAGACACACAGAGAGGAAGAGAGAUAGAGAAAGAGCGAGCGUCGUGUGGGGAUCGUUGUUUGGAAGAGAGCCAGAGUUGUAACAGCAGAGAUAACAUCAUCUAUAACACACCAUCAUCAUUAUCUAUAACACACCAUCAUCAUCUAUAACAGACCACCAUCAUCAUCAUCUAUAACACACCAUCCUCAUCAUCAUCUAUAACACACCAUCAUUAUCUAUAACAGACCACCAUCAUCAUCAUCUAUAACACACCAUCAUCAUCUAUAACAGACCACCAUCAUCAUCAUCUAUAACACACCAUCAUCAUCUAUAACACACCAUCAUUAUCUAUAACAGACCACCAUCAUCAUCAUCUAUAACACACCAUCAUCAUCUAUAACAGACCACCAUCAUCAUCAUCUAUAACUCACCAUCCUCAUCAUGAUCUAUAACACACCAUCAUCAUCUAUAACAGACCACCAUCAUCAUUAUCUAUAACACAUCAUCAUCAUCUAUAACACACCAUCCUCAUCAUCAUCUAUAACUCACCAUCAUCAUCUAUAACAGACAACCAUCCUCAUUAUCUAUAACACAUCAUCAUCUAUUCUCCACGACACAUCGUACGAUCUCCACGCCACAUCGUCGAGCCAUCACCGUCAACUGUCUACCCCCCUCCCCAUGCGACGCCAUCUCUCUCACGAGUGAAUCAACAUGAGGGUCCGACUCAAAACCCUGGCGCUGUGGACUGCGUACACGUGCGCCCUGUUGGUGGCAGUGGCCAACGUGCUGGACAUCAGGCAAGCCAUCGGCCUGGACUGUGCCGGCAGCAGCGGCAGCAGCAGCGGCAAGAGAAUCCGAGGCAUCGAGCCUUGGAAACCUUCAGCGGAGGCGCGACUCGCCGCGGACACCGACGAGAUCGGUGGCGGCGCGGACGUCCCGGGCGGCGACGCGUCGGAGGGCGACGGGAAGCAGCAGAAGACGAGGAGGAGGGGCCCCGCGGCGGAGCGGAGCGAGCCGAGGCCGCCGCGCGCCCAGCUGUUCAUCCUCACCACGUGGAGGUCGGGCUCGUCGUUCGUCGGGGAGCUGUUUAAUCAGCACCCGGGCGUCUUCUACCUCUUCGAGCCCCUGUGGCACGUGUGGCAGGCGCUCUACCCGGGCGACGCCAGGGUCCUGCAGGGGGCGUCGCGGGAUAUGCUCAACUCCCUCUUCAGGUGUGACCUGCAGGUGUUCAACCUGUACGGCAACGGGCAGAACAUGACGAGUCGCGACAUCUUCCGCUCGCCGCUCAACCGCGCGCUCUGCUCCCCGCCGCUGUGCCCGGCGCUGGCGCGGCCCCGCGGGGGGGUGGCGGCGCUGGUGGACGAGCGCGCGUGCUCGCGCCUCUGCCCCCCGCGGCCGCUCGCCCACGUGGAGGCGCGCUGCCGCCGCCUGCCGCUCGUCGUCAUCAAGGGGGUGCGCAUCUUCGACCUCGAGCUGCUCGCGCCGCUCCUGCAGGACCCCUCGCUCAACCUCAAGGUGAUCCACCUGGUCCGAGACCCACGCGCGGUGGCCAGCUCCCGUCUCAAGUCCAAGCACGGCCUCAUCCGCGAAAGCCUCCAGGUGGUGCGCUCGCUGCGGCGCGACAAGUCCCAGCACCAGCACCACCUCCUGCGGCGCUCCCACCACCCGCUCGGCGCGCCCGACGACGCCGACCCGGCGCCGCCGCCGCCGCCAGGGUCGUCGGGCCGCGAGCGCCGCGCGCCGGGAGGCCCCUCGCACCCCAGCGAGCUCAACGCCCUCGCCGCCAUGGGGCCGAUCUGCGCGUCGACGGAGCGCGCCGUGGGGGCGGCGCUGGCGUCUCCGCCGUGGCUGCGCGGCCGCUACAUGCUGGUGCGCUACGAGGACGUGGUGCGCUCCCCGCUGCGCUCGCUGGGCGCCAUGCACGCCUUCGCGGGCCUGCGCCCCGAGCCGGCGCUCGGCGACUUCGUGCUCCGGAUGGUCGGCGGAGGAGGAGGCAACCGCUCCUCGGCGGCGGGGGGCGGCGACCCGUUCCGCGUGGGCUCCAUGGACGCGAGGGCGGCGCUGGGCGAGUGGAGGACGCGCCUGGCCGUGCAGCAGGUGCGCCACGUGGAGGAGAACUGCCGCGGGGCCAUGGCGCUGCUGGGCUACGUGCCCGUGCCGGCCGGCGCGCGCUCGCUCGGCCAGACGCUGCUCGCGCCGCUCGACUUCACGUACGCGUGAAGGCGUCGGGAGGCGCCGUGGGGCCGUUUGUUGUUGCUGCUGUUGUUGUUGUUGAUGCUCCUGCUGUUGUUGUUGUGGUGCCCGUGCCGUGUGCCGAGUGUCGACGGGUAAGGGAGCGCGUUCGGCUCAGAUGCCCCACGCCGGCAACUCGAAGCACCUUGCCUCAUCGCAUCGUCUCAUCAUCCAUCAUCUCAUCACCUUAUCCAUCAUCUCAUCAUCGCAUCAUCGCGACCCGCUACACUGCCCUGCUGCAGUCUCGUCAAAGGGAGCCCCCAGCAGUAGCCAUCCCUACGCGGCAUGUAGACAACUCGCGUAGAUAUCCAUGGGAUUUUAGAGACCCGUAGACUCAUAGAGAUCCAUAGACUCACACAGGACCCACAGACUCACACAGAGACCCACAAACUCACAUGGGGGAGCGUAAACUCGCACAGAGACCCACAGACUCGCACAGAGACCCACAAACUCACACAGAGACCCACAGACUCGCACUGAGGCCCACAGACUCACACUGAGGCCCACAGAUUCGCACAGAGGCUCACAGACUCGCACUGAGGCCCACAGACUCGUACAGACACCCAGACUCACACAGAGGCCCACAGACUCGCACAGAGGCCCACAGACUCGCACUGAGGCCCACAGAGUCGUGCAUACACCCAGACUCACACAGAGGCCCACGGACUCGCACAGAGGCCCACAGACUCACACAGAGGCCCACAGACUCGUACAUACACCCAGACUCACACAGAGGCCCACAGACUCGCACAGAGGCCCACGGACUCGCACUGAGGCCCACAGACUCGCACUGAGGCCCACAGACUCGCACUGAGGCCCACAGACUCGCACAGAGGCCCACAGACUCGCACAGAUAGCCAUAGGUAAGCAUGCAUGGACAAGCAUUCAUAGAAUGCUUCAAUGCCCCCGGAAACUCCAAGCACCUUGCACCUCAUCUCAACCAUUCCUGUGCCCUGCUGCGGCCCAGCCAGGGGUAGCCCCCCCACCGCCCCCUCCCAAUGGCACAGUUGUCCACAACACUGCCUUGAGAAUGGACAUUCGUCAGCUGGUAGGGGGGCGACGUUGCUGUGGGGGUUUCCCCUCCCUCAUCGGUGAUUUGCGAGGAGUUCGAGGCGCUACUCGGAUCGACCGGCGGCCGUGCGGUCGCUGGUCAGGGGCGCAGGAGCGGCGCUCCGCGACAAGGCGAGCCGCGGAACGACUCGUUCUGCGGUCCCUUCGCGUGACCUCUCGCCCGCACACUCGUAGAGGGGGACGAGAGGGCAGCGCCUUCAUCGCGCGCGCUCCCGACGGGGGGAUGUUCGCCGCGUGACGCUCGCAACCGAUGUCAUUUCAUCUCAGAGAUGAUAGAAUCGAGGCAACGUUUACUGCGGAGCCAGAUUUAAUUGUGAUGCAGUGUCUCCUUCUGCUUUUCGUUGCCGACCCCUGCAUGAGGAACGUGUGCCGAGUAACGACGAGACGGAGUGAUAACAAUAUGGGAUCACCACUGCCAAGCCAUCCUGCCGUGGUGUAAUCAUCGUGAGCACACCGCAGUCGCGGUCCAGACGGCGCCGGUUCCGGCCUCCCGGCGCGGCAGUUCAGACCAAGUCCACCCAGCGGUCGAUAUUGCUGCGUCGCAGUGAGGUUACGUGUGGGUGGUGGGGGUGAAGUGUGGGUACCCCCGCCUCUUCCGCCAAGGUGUACCGUAGUGUUCUUGACUGAUUUUCAGAGGGGGGCGGUGGGGGGGUCACUGUCGCCGACAAGACAUCGUCAGUGCGAGGGGCCAUUGCUGGGUUUGACAGCAGCACGGUGAUGAUGAUGAUGAUGACGGGGUCGCGGUGGUGCUCUCACUCCCCGUGUAUUGUCGGGGGCCGCACUGGAGGCCACUCGGGGGCCGUCAGUGGCCCGCGGUUUGUGUGCAGUGGCCAGCGUGGGAGAGUAGGCCUCAGCGCCUUCUCGUCCGAGGCCGUGCGUCUCCAGCAGGGCCGCCAGCAGGCAUCUGCGGGGCUGCUCCUUUGCCGCUUCUAAUUUGAUUCGAGCAACGCGACCCUCGCAACGGAUCGCGAGCCCAGGGCGCCGUGAGCGCCGUGAGCUGUCGGAGACUGCCGAAGUUGCAGCUUCAUCAGCAGGUCUUCGUGGUUGGGGUUAGAUCGCGUAAGUAUAAAUGUGUCGUUAACCCACCACCACCCGACACAGCCAAUGAGUGAGGUCUGUGAUGUAAACAAAACGUGCCAAUUUGUUACGAGUUCAGCACGCCGGUGUGUUGGAGAGUAAACCCACGACAUGUACAAUGUGAGUAGUGCGACGUUUCGCUGGUAAUUACAACAACCAGCUGCAUCAGGCGACAGCCAGAAAUAUGAAGAAGUCGUCAUUACUAAGAGGCACGUUUUGUUUACUUGACGAACUUCACCAGUUGGCUGUGUCGGGUGGUGGCCUGUUCACGACACAUUUAUAUAUUUACUCGAUCUAACCCCAAAUAACCUUUAUUAUGGAUAAUGUUGGUCGCGAAAUCCGGCUACGUGUUAAAGAUGUUGCUGGUUCAUGUGCAAUGUUCAGUGGCAUUUUAAGAUCUUACCACUUGUGUUCAUACGUUUACUUUGUUGUGUUUGAGGAGGCCGUUAAGUUACAUUGUAUUUGUUUUAACUUGGCUGUUUUAGGACAAAUGUGAAAAAUAAUGUAAACAAACAUGAACACGUAUAAUAAAGAGUAUAUUAAUUGAAAAAAUGCCGCCAGGAUCUUCACUGUGUGAUUAUCAACCUGAUUUUCUUUUCAAUAUUCAGUACCGGUCACAGUUCAAACAAACGUGUCCAUGCUCUGUCAAGCUGCCCGAUUUCUGUGAUCAAAUAUAAUCGGCGACACUUCUGGCAAUGCCACUUCUUUACGAGCUAUGAAGAAUGGCCGUUGUCCGAAACGUCAUCUAUUAUAUAUUUAUUGAAUAGUUCCGUUAACGGAAGUGAAUUGGAGGUGAUUUCGAGAUGACGUCACCAUCCCGUGGCUAGCCAGGAUAUGGCGGUACACAAAGUGUAGUGACGAAACUCCACGCGCGUUUUAGUUUGCCAGGUACGGAGCUG